AUAACUCGAGACAGGUGAACAAAACCAGGUGCUCUGUCCAGCUGGUCUCACUUUGGUGCUUGUUACUUACCUGUAAGACUCACACGGUGGACCAAGAUGAAGGCUAUUCUGCUCAUUCUUGCUGCUCUGGUGGCCGUAAGCUUUGCGGCACGCCCCUGCUCAGCCCCAUGGGAACUGACAUUCCGUGCCUCACGUCAUGACCAGGGCGACACCUACUACAGGAGAUACUACACAGAGUAUGACAGACCAAACCAGAGAGUAGUUAUGUUCGAGGAGUCCUUCACUGGCGGAACCAGGGAGCUUCGUGAGUUCCUCUUCCUCCACUACAUCGACACCGGGUUUGAGUACGACUUCAAGCUUAAAAACUGCACACGUUUCAGGACCGGCCCCUUCAGACCCUUCGAGGUCCCCUACAACUCCACUUACGAAGGUUCCUUCCAAGUUGGUGGCCCAGGAGAAGAUCUGACCGUGGACAUCUGGUCCGACAGAAUCCCCACCAGACGUGAAAACUGGCUCGGUCAGUUCUCUCUCAGAAACUGCUACCCCGUCAGCCAGUUUCUCGUGGACACCCAGAACUUCAACAGGACCUCCAUCUCCCACUUCUUCGACGUCGUUCAAGGCAUUGUCAACCCCAACGACUUUGAUGUCCCCACUGAAUGUGCUCGUCUGACCACUUACUCUGCCAUGCCUGACCAGGCCAGGAAAGUCCGAUCUCUUUAUACCGGAACUCUCGACUUUUAAACAAAAGCAGCACCGAUAACUGACCUCCCAAGGUUUUAUUCCAAAAUAACAAUAGUUAUUGCCCUUUGUAAACUAGCUUGGUUAUUAUAUUAGUUCAGUUGUAUGUUUUGUUGUAUAAACUAACACAAAAAGUGCAUUUAUCUAGUUGUUAUGUUGUAUUGGCUGUUUGUUGAGCUAGAUGUAUAGGCGUAUCUCACUAGUCUUUCACUAACUUGUAAUGAUGGGCUGUUAGCGAUGGUCACUCCUAGUGAUUCACUUUCACUCACUUUACUCGUAAAUACUUUUUUUUAAAAAAAGAUGUUUUAAUUUAGACAUUAGGAAACAAAUAAAAUGUAUACACAUUU